AUGCUAGUGGACAAACUACUAAGAAAACUUCACGGUGCGCCUUCUUCCACCAUUGCACGCCAUACUUUCAUUCGCCUCCACGACUCUGUGUCUACGAGUCCACAAACCGAUGCGUUUGCUGUGCUUGAAAAGAUCAAGCGUAAGAUUGCGAUAGACGCGCCACAAUUUUAUGCUGAUUCGCAAGCGGCUAUUGCGAGGCUCAAUGACGUUUACUCGCGCUUUGCUCAGUUUAAGAAUUUAGACAAGAAGACUGAAGCAUUGCUGUUGUUACACGGUUUGAUGGAUACUGCACUACCGCUACAAAUGCAAGAGACAUACGAUCAUUCAGACUAUACAGCCAUGAGUACAGAUGAUCAUGCUUCAAAUAUAGUACAGAACAACGCCAUUUUAGAACGAAAUGGAGCUCACCAUCGAUCCCACUCAAUGCCUGCGUCGUCAUUAAGUUUUGACGAUCAGAACGCAGUGCCUACAAGAAUGGAGCAGUCUAAUACCGAUCUGGAUCUGGACUCAUUAGAAGAUUCUUUUAAAUUUGCUGUUGGUAUUGCUCCGGUGCAUAAGCCAAGUCGAGCCAAAAGUAGCAGUGCACGAGGGCUAACAUUAGAUGCCGCAGAGUUACGCACUGCACCUGCUAAGAAUUUGUCGUUUGACGUACCGGAAGAAGUCCUGAUACGGGAUGUUUUGUACGCUUUACAAGCUAUUGAGUCGCGUUACCUGUAUUUUGAUAACGCAGCCGACCGCUUUCAGAUUACAAGCAGCGCCAGUGUACCGAAACCCAUGCGCGAGCUCAUUUAUAUGCUGUGCGAGCUUGGGUGGAUUUUUCGCAAAAUUUCCGAGUACAUUUAUCAGCAUCGCGAAGAGCUUGCGUUUGGCUUGGUUGGGCAAAGUUUCUGUCAUGUGCUUAAUACUGAAUUGUCGGCGUAUUUCCGCUUGAUCGCUGUACUCGCUGCUCAGAUUGAUGAAGACGCAGAAACACGUCAAAUAGAUCCACGCGGUGUCAGCAGUCUGACAUUGCGGACGUUGACCGUGUGGCUUCAGGAUCCACUGGAUAAGAUGCGCUUGAUGGCUCGUCUUAUUGAUAGUGUUGAAGGUCUCCGUGGUGGAGCACUCGCGUCCGGUAUCCAAUCGCAUGCGUUGCACGGCGCUCCUGACGUAUCAGAAUUCGUGCAAAGGGUGCUAAAGCAAAUUGCGGCGCCAAUCCUUCGAAUGAUCAAGCGGUGGGUCUUUGAAGGGGAGCUGGAAGACAGGCAUGGCGAGUUUUUUGUAGUGGCUGAUCCAGCUGUAAGUGAAGAUCAGUUUUGGGCCAAGAAAUACACAUUGAAUCUGAAAAUGUUGCCAGCUUUCAUUUCAAUUGAGCUCGCUAAGAAAAUCUUGGUCAUUGGAAAAAGCAUCAACUUUAUUCGUCAGUGCUGUGGACAUGCUGAUUGGGUUAUGGAUGCUUCACAUGAGUCCUCUGUGAUGGGACUAGAGUCCAAUAAUGAAAAAGACUACUUCGCGGGGCUAAAGCGCCUUGAAAAAGUGAUUGAGAACGUGUCAAAUUCGACUAACAAGUACCUUAUUCGCACAUUGACUGAAAAAUACCGACUUCUGGAUCAUUGCCGAGCAUUGAAGCGCUAUUUGCUGCUAGGACAGGGUGACUUUGUCCAAUAUUUAAUGGAUCUACUAGGCCCUGAGUUGUCCAAGCAAGGAUCGCAAGUUUACCGUCAUACGCUUACUAACGUGCUUGAAACCGCGCUAAAUGCUUCUAAUGCAAAGUUCGAGUCGGCAGAUGUUCUAGGUCGCCUAGAUGUCGAGCUGCUUCAGGGAUCUUCAGCUGAUACUGGUUGGGACAUCUUCUGCUUGCACUACAACUUACAAGCACCAGUAAAUAGUGUCAUUCCGGCAACCUCGAUGCUUCAGUACCAGCAAAUAUUUGAAUUUUUAUGGCGAUUGAAGCGUGUUGAGCAUUCACUAUCUGCGUCGUGGUCAAAGGACAUGAAUCUUGGGCAUGAAGUUCAGGGAUGUGUGCCGGGAAUUCGACCUGUGCUACACAAGAGUCAGCUUAUACGAUCUGAGAUGAUUCACUUUAUUACGAAUCUUCUUAAUUACAUGAUGUUUGAGGUCCUAGAGACAGCGUGGCAUAAGUUGGUGAAGGAUUUAAAUGCUGCGAAGGACUUAGACGAACUUAUCGAAAGCCACGCGGCGUACAUUGCUUCAAUCAAGAAAAAUGGGUUUAUGAUGAAAGAAUCACGGGAUAUUCUCAAGCAGCUAAAGCUCAUUUUUGCGACGAUCAUUAGAUUUAGUAAAGUACAGGAGAAUCUUUACACAACAGCGAUGCACGAAAAGCACGUAGAGGAAAGGCAUCAGCACUUUAUGCAGCGUCAAAAACUAGAUGGUUCAUGGAGCAUACCAGAGAAUAAUGAACACAAUUUUCGAGGAGAGCGAGAGACAUUCGGCUCCAAUUCAAAAAUAAUGCGUCAGAUUGAAGACGUUUCCGAAGAAUUCAGUAAAUAUUUUCUUGAACUUCUCAACAUUGUCAAGCUAAACUCUCUUCGGGGAGCACCAAGCUUAUCGUUUCUCUUGUCUCGCUUUGAUUUUAAUGAGUUUUAUCUGCAAAAGACUGCACCUCCCAAGGAUGCAGAGGAAUAA